AUGGGGGGUGGCAAUGGCACAGCAGUAACUGAGUUUGUUUUGCUGGGGUUCUCAGGUUCGGGUUCCCUCCGGGUCCCCCUGUUCUGGGGGGUGCUCUGCGUCUAUCUGGUCACCUUGCUGGGCAAUGCACUGAUCAUCCUGCUCACGCUGGCAGACGCCGGCCUGCGCUCCCCCAUGUACUUCUUCCUCCGCCACUUCUCCAUGGCGGAGAUCCUCUACACCGCCACCAUCGUGCCCAGGAUGCUGGCCGACCUCCUCUCCCCCUGCCCCACCAUCCCGCCUGCCAGCUGCUUCACCCAGCUGUAUUUCUUCGCCCUCUUUGGCAUCGCUGAAUGCGGCCUGCUCACUGCCAUGGCCUGUGACCGCUACGUGGCCAUCUGCCGGCCGCUGCAUUAUGCCACCCUGAUGAGCCAGAGAGCGUGUGCGGGCAUGGUGGGCGCCUCCUACCUCAUGGGCGUCGUCACCGGCACCACUCACUCCAUCUUCAUCUUCACCAUGCCCUUCCGCGGUGCCAACACGAUCCAUCACUUCCUGUGUGACAUCUUGCCUGUGCUGAGACUGGCCAGUGGGAGCACCUUCUGGGGUGAAGUGGGCAACCUGGCUGUCACCAUAGCCUUUAUCCUGACACCCUUCUCCCUGAUUGUGGCUUCCUAUGCCUGUAUCCUUGUCACCAUCCUCGGAGUUGCCACACCCAAGGGACGUCACAAAGUCUUCUCUACCUGUUCCUCCCACCUGUUUGUGGUCAUUCUCUUUUUUGGGACGGGGACUGUUGCCUACAUGAGGCCAUGGGCAGGUUCCUCCAAGGACGGGGACCAGAUCCUUGCUCUCUUCUACACGGUGGUCACUCCCAUGUUCAACCCUUUCAUCUACACUCUGAGGAACAAGGAGGUCACAGGGGCAAUGAGACGGCUCAUGAAGAGAUACCUUCGGAGGCCUUGA